UCUCGUGUUAUUUGCGCAAACGUUUACUUCAUAUGUGUUGAUUAGUUUUGUUUGUAGAGCAAAAACGAUAAGCAUUUGCGAUGCAAGGCGAGGGAUCGGAAGAUUUCGACUCAACAAUAGAUCCUACGCAGGGAUCAGAAGAUUUUAACUCAACAAUAAACAUUCUGAUAGCUACCGUGCUGAUAUUAUGCUUCAUAGUGGGACUUGCUGGAAAUAUCUCUGCACUCCUUUACUUCUGGUCAGCAGGUCGUAAAUCUGUAGCGGACAAACUUUACAUAGUUGUUGUAUCUGUGGAUAUAGGGACAUGCGUCUUCCAAAUUCCCACCAUAGUUUCUUUGCUAAACAACCGUGAUCCUAUGCUGUAUGCAGACUCCUUCGUAUGCGGAAGUCUUACUAUCGCCGUUUUCUUCCUGCUCCGCGUAUCCAUGUUUUUAGUGGCAGUCAUGAGUGUGACCAGGAGUUUUGCCAUAAUAAUACCCCAUCGAGCCAGGUCAGUAUGUACUAUGAACCGGAUUAUUGCAGUGAUAGCAGGGUACUCCUUCAUCUUGUUGUUCAUUGAUGGAGUUUUGUUUGCGAGUGGUUGGAUGAAAGCUAUUUACUACCGGACCCUCCGUUCCUACUGUUCCUACAAGCUGACAGAACUAGCGCCACACUGGGCUGCGGUUAUGUUCGAGAUCGCGUUUGAGAUAGAGGUAUUCAUUCCGUCAGUUAUAGUGUUCGUCAGUUUCCUUGCUGGCACCAUCACCCUAGCAAGGAAUGCAGCCACACAAGAAUGUACUGAAAAGAAACAAGUCGCAAAACCAACAAAGAGGUCACGAGAAAUGAAGAGAGCAAUGUCGUGCACGGCUGAUAGCAAGAAGAUCUCCCGCCAAGUGUCCGUCACCAUUACCCUGUUCACAUCACUGUUCCUGAUCUGCAAUAUUCCUCUCUUUGUCUAUCAGUUCAUCUACAUGUUGUCUAAGUAUGUUACAGCAGUUAAGAUCAUGGUUGAUAGUGCGGCAGUUAAUCAGAAGUUCGCUCAUCUCCUUUGCUUGGUGUUACCCUACGUCCUGAACGCUGCCCUCAACCCGUGUCUGUACUUACUUAGGAUGCCCCGGUAUAGGACGGAGUUUAUAAGUUGGGGCUGCAGGUUACAGCAGGGGUUGUGCGAACUUUUUCAUUGAUUUUGAAAUGGAUUUGGUUCAUAUUAAAUGGUAAUUUUUG